GAUGAGCGUUGAAGAAAAAUUCAGGAUUGUGAGGAGUAUUGGGGAAGAAUGCAUCCAGGAGGAAUAACUCUUGAAUCUUCUUACCAGAAAUCCCCAACCCAUCUGCUAUGAUGGGUUUGAACCCUAUGGCCGAAUGCAUAUUGCUCAGGGUGUUAUGAAGACGAUUAAUUUUAACAAGCUCACUUCUAUUGGUUGCAAAGUAAAGAUUUGGAUAGCAGAUUGGUUUGCUCAAUUAAACAACAAAAUGGGUGGAGAUUUAAACAAAAUCCAAACUGUUGGACACUAUUUAAUUGAGAUCUGGAAAGUUGCAGACAUGAAUUUGGAAGAUGGUAAAGUAGAGUUUAUUUGGUCUUUUGAAGAAAUUAAUGCAAGGGCACGUGAAUAUUGGCCGUUAGUCAUGGAUAUUGCUAGAAGAAACAAACUUCCUAGAAUAACGAGGUGUUGUCAGAUUAUGGGUCAAAGUGAGCAUGAUGAACUAACUGCAGCUCAAAUAUUCUACCCAAGCAUGCAAUGCGCUGAUAUAUUUUUCCUCAAGGCCGAUAUCUGUCAAUUAGGCAUGGAUCAACGAAAAGUGAAUGUUCUUGCAAGGGAGUACUAUGAUGACAUCAAAAGUAAAAACAAGCCUAUCGUAUUAUCUCAUCAUAUGCUUCCUGGUUUGUUACAAGGACAAGAAAAGAUGUCAAAAUCUAAUUCUUCUUCUGCUGUUUUUAUGGACGAUGAAGAGACUGAGGUUAAUUUAAAGAUAAAGAAAGCAUAUUGUCCACCCAAUAUUGUUGAUGGGAAUCCAUGUCUUGAGUACAUUAAAUACAUUGUAUUCCCUUGGUUUAAUGAGUUCAAGGUUGAAAGGAAAGAGGAAAAUGGAGGUGAAAAGUGA